AGGACACCAAAAAAAAACAUUGUCAAGUCUUUGUUUUCUCUUUUCUUUUCUCUCUUCCAAGUUUCAAGUUUCAAAGGGAGUAAGAAUUUGGAAUUACAAAACUAAGAAACCUCCACUCAAACCAAGCAUCAUUUGAAGAGUUGUCUGUCUACCGUCAAGCUGAUUCCCUCACACAAGUACGGAACUAGAGCCAACGUCAGAUUAAGAAUGGAGUAUCAAGAGCAACAUAACGUAGAGGUCAGAAUGGAAAUAGAGGAUUUGAAGUCAAGUAUGACCAAGCUCACUGAAAUGCUGCAAGUUUUGAUCGCUAGAGGGGAACCGCCUCAGAAGACUGUCAUUGUUGAAGUCCCAAGUGCUGAUGUUGACCCUCAACCCACUCAACAACCACCUUCUAUAUGGCCUGAGUUUGGUUUGCCACCUGAUUUUACUCCUCCCUAUGAGAAGACUCCUGGUAUUGGUCAAUCAUCACGACCUGUGAUGGGUCAAACUUCAAACCUAGUUAUUCGUGCUCCUAUCAUGACUGAAUCUCAGCCCAUUGUGCAUACUGUUGCUCAACAUGCUUAUGAGAAUCCUUUAUUUGAAUACCAAGAUGCCAAUUCCCAGAAUGGAAGCCAAGGGGAUGCUGGAGAUAUUGAAGAUGUCAAAGAACAGUAUCAGACUCUGGAAAAGCGAUUGAGAGCCAUGGAAGCAAUAUAA